AAUUUAUCCGUUAAUUAUGUCUAAGGUUUUUAUCACUGGAGCCACAGGGUAUAUUGGUGGUCAGGUGUUGUACGAAUUGUUGAACAACAAAGACGGUAGGAAGUAUGAUGUUACUGCCUUAGUGAGAUCUCAACAAAAGGCCGAGAAGUUGCUUAUUGGUACAAACAACCAGAUUUCUACUGUAAUUGGAAGCCUUGAUGAUGUGGACUUUAUUAAACAACAGGUAGAAGCUAAUGAUAUCAUCAUUAACACUGCAAAUGUGGACCAUGUUCCAAGUGCUCAGGCUGUUUCUGAUGCUUUGGUAGCUUCAAAAGACAAGAAGAUCUAUAUUCAUACUUCGGGUACUUCUAUUCUUGGUGACGGAUUAUCUCCCGAUAAGGGAGAUUCUCACAAGGUUUACUCCGACAAAUAUAGCAUUGACGAGAUCAACUCUUUUCCAGACACACAGCCACAUAGACCCGUGGACAGAAUUGUUCUUGACAUUCACAACAAGAACCCCAACGUCCAAGUUGUGGUGAUCUGUCCUUCUACCAUCUAUGGUAUCAGUAAUGGUUAUGAUAACUUGGUUUCUGCCCAGGUUCCAUUGUUGAUUACCUCUUUCGUUAAGUACGGUAAGGGCUACACUGUUUACAAAGGCGAUGAAAUCUGGAACCACAUUCAUAUCAAAGACUUGGGUGACUUAUACUACUUGAUCUUGACCAAGCUUCAGUCUGGUGAAGAUAUUCCAGUUAAUGGUACUGGUUAUUAUUUUGGAUCUUUAGCUAUAGAAGGUGAAGAAACCAUUUCCAAUGAACCUUCUUCCAUUGAACACAGAUGGAGACAGGUUUCAGAGGUGGUAGCUGAAAAGUUGUUUACUAAGGGACUUAUUGGCUCCAAGGAAGUUGUAUCUCUUGAACCACAGGAAAUCGCUAAGAUCAACGACAGUGAAUGGUCUCCUUUCUACUGGGGAACCUAUUCCAGAAGCAGAGGUGACAACGGCUAUGCUAUUGGCUGGAAACCCAAGUUCACUAGCAACAAGGAAUUCUUUGAUUCCUUCGAUGCUGACAUUGACUACUUAGUUAAGAGGAACUAGGGUCUCUAUAAAAGAAAGAAAGCAUACUUAUAUAAGAAAUAUGGAUUUGUCGUUUGUUUCAUUUUACGUUGUAUUAGAAUGAAUACAAUCUAAUGUAAGAGAUUAGUAUUUUUG